AUGGAUCGAAAUCAAAUCGAGGACAAGCCGCGCCUACCCGCUAUCUUUGACGAUCUACCUCAGUACCCACCUCAGCCCAAUGAACCCCUGAUUGAGCCAGUUCCCGAGACCGUCCCCCAACUCACAGCACCCGUUUCAAACGAAGAAGAUCCGUUUUUUGAAUUGCGAAUUGUGAAAGACGGAGGUCUUCAUAGUGCAGUUGGAAAAUGUUGGAAUUGGAGA